GCGGCACUGGGCGGCCGGGACGGGCCCAGCGGGGCGCCCCGCCAUGGCGAGCCCCGCACGCCCGCGGCAGGAGCUGGCGGCCGAGGAGCGGCGGCUCCGCGGCGCGGCCCCGACGGUGCCCCGCGACGGCAAGCGGGAGGCGGCGGGGGAGCGGCUGGUGCUGCUGGAGCUGCGCCGCUGCGGGCGGCCGCCGUCCCCCGGCCCCGGCCAGCGGCAGGAGGAGGGGGAGGAGGAGGAAGACGAGGGGGAGGCGGCGGCGGGCGAAGAUUGCUGCGGCAAGUGCAAGAAGCGGGUGCAGUUCGCCGACUCGCUGGGGCUGAGCCUCGCCAGCGUCAAACACUUCAGCGACGCCGAGGAGCCGCAGGUGCCGCCCGCCGCGCUGUCGCACCUGCAGAGCCCGCCCGGAGAGGAGCGGGACCCGCCGCCGCCCGGCGCCGACCCGCCGCCGCCCGCGCUGCUCCUGGUGCCCGACUUCCCCGACGGCGGCGAGCCCAGCGCCGAGAGGCUGCGGCGGCAGCGCGUCUGCCUGGAGCGCCUGGGGCGGCCCGCGGCGCCCACCGACGUGCGGGGCACGGUGCGAGUGCUGGGCGGCCCCGGGCCCCGGGAGGUGACGGUGCGCUACACCUUCAACGAGUGGCUCUCCUUCGUGGACGUCCCGGCAGCGCCGCUGCCCCCCGAGCCGCCGGCCGAGCGCUACGGCUUCACCCUGUGCGUCCCGCCGAGCCUGCGGGAGGGCUCGGCCCUGCACUUCGCCAUCCGCUACCGCAGCCCGCAGGGAGAGUUCUGGGAUAACAACGGAGGCCGCAACUACACGCUGCGCUGCUGCGGCUGCCCCGGGGGCGGCCCCGCCGCCGCCGCCCCGCCGGGCCCCGCCGCGCCCCGCUACUGACGGCGGCCGGGCGAGCGGAGCCCACGGCACCCGGCCGGGCCGGCGAGGCCGCACCCGCGCCCGGAGCGAGGCCCGGCUCGGGAGGGACGCGGCCAGCGCGCCGAGGGCCCGGCCCGGAGACUGCCCCAAGUCUGGUGGUUUUUAAGCAGGAGCUUCAGUUUCUGCCAGCGAAAUAUGGAUGUGCGUAGGCUCGCAUUGCUGUGGCUUGUGGAAUUGUUCUCCUUUUUGGUUUUUUGUAUUUUUUGUUUUAUUUUUUGAGAGAGAGAGCGAAAAGACUGAGUAGCGUGGGCUCUGCUUUUCCCCUCUUGAAGUGAAUUUUUGAGGUCUUGAUUUGGGCUUGACUCCACUUACCCGAUUAGUCAAGAGCACUCGUGUGAAAACUUGGUGGGGUGUUCGCUACAGAUAUAAAUUAGGAUCCCAAUUUUCCCGUUCGCAGAUCCAUUUGAAAGACACAGUACUGCGACAGCAAUGGUGUGCUUUGUCCUUUUUCUGUUAUUUUCUUUUAGUUCAAUGGACUCCAUAACAAUACGAUUCACUGUGGUGAGCACCUGUCAAACCCGUGACAGGCUUGCGUGCCCGUCCUACCUUUGCCACGGCUGCGGCAGCUCUGAACAGCAGGCGCUCUGUUUUGGGGCUGGAUCUGGGGCUGGACUGGGCUGCCCUGGUUUUUGUCACUCAACACACUUUGGUACCGUGCUCACAUGGAGAUCCCGCCUGGCUAAUAGCAGCCAACAGGGACUUGUGCAGAAAGGUUUUUGCUUAAAAUAGACCGGUGACUUCUUUUCACACAACCGACGAGUCUAAAACCGGGACGAAGGAGGAGUUAAAAUACUUGCUGAUGCUGUGUUUAUCAGGAGAACUUUGGUAACACCUUUGAGUCGUGCACUGUGAAGUGAAAGCUGGUGUUUGUCUCAUACACGGUUCUGAAUUUUCAGAUUUGGGUCUGGCUUGGAUGACCCUUCUCACUGAGGAGUGACGCUGCCACACAGAGAGGGUGUCCUCAGUAACAAAUGGAAACAAGUGCCUUAGUUCAGAUCUCCUUAUGUUACAUUUUGCACCACAUUUCUCAAGUAUUUAUAAUUUAUUCAGCUUUUUUGCUACAUAUUUUUCUGUAUUUGUAUGUUGCUGGGAAAGGACUUUGUUGUGCACACGGCUGGACUUUAUGGCGCUGGACACUUGAAUUGAUUUUAUGGUCUUCACGCUUGCACUGCAAGCCUAGAGAUUGACUACUACUGGUGUCCCAACUCUUGAAAUUAAGCAAAAACUACCAAUGCAAAUGGUAUCUCAAAAUAUGGGUUAUUUCUGCUUAAUGAAGAACAAUUGCCAGAAUGCAGAAAAUGCUCUGACAUGGAUGCGUGGUUUUCAGUAAGACCAUGGAAUGUCAUUUUCCUAUUUUGAAACAGAGCACAGUGAGAGAUUUUUCAGGUCUUCAUUUCCUCUGAAGAUGCAAAACAUUUUAAAGGCCAUCGUGACAACAUUAGAAAAAAUAGCUUCUUGAUAAGAUUCCCCAUACACUUGAGAAUAUUUUCAAGCCUACAGCUAACCUGCCUUUUGAGCUGGCUGGAACAGACCCAGAGCUAAAAGCAGAGAGUCUGCUGGGGGAAAGACGGGAAGCAGAGGGAGCUUCAGGCUAAAGGUGCUGCACUUCUGCUCACAGGCACACUGCUGCUGAGACACAGCCUGUCCUCCCUCCUCCCAAAACACCCUGCACGUACAGCACAGUGUGAGAACACAGCCAGAGACAAGGAGGUGUUUAAUUCCUCGGGAAACCAUUCACUGUUACACUGUAUCAGUUGCUUUGACAACGCACAGAGGGAGAGCUCUGUGCAUGCAAACAGAAGUUUGUACUGUUGUCCUUCAUGUUACAUGUGAACUCUCGCCAAAAAGUUUUUAAGGGAGAAUAGUGAACUCUGCUGUUCCCCUACACGAGUUUGUUUUAACUUGUCAUGCAUUACAGGAUUACAGGAUGUUACAUGGGAUAACCUGGUAUGAAUCAGCCUUUCUUCAGAUUGCUGCAUAAAUGAAAUAAUGUGCUCUUAGUGUAGUGUCAAGAUUGAUCCUUCAUUUAAAUAUAAUAAUUGGGAUUUCUGUAGCCCCUUCCUUAUUCUGUGCUUUGUUUAUUAGUUGCCUCAGAGAAGAAGGAAACACCGCCAGAAAAAGGAGGGGAGAGAUCUCUCCCUAACAGAAUUUAAAGGAGCAGCCAUAUUCUGGUGCCUGGGCAGAGGCGGUAUCACGAAGAAUGCUGGCUAGCUGUGCCUACUGAUAGAGGCCUGGAAAUGUUCUCUGGUCCACUGUAAACAUUGACAUCCAGAACAUGUGACAUUUCUGUGUGCUUUUUAGAUGUGUGACCUGAAAUUCGAAAUGCAAGAAAGUACUUGCUGAGGCUAGGCAGCAAAAUCUUGUGAGCGCUUCAGAAAAUCAGUGCCAAUUGAAAAUCCUGCCAAUUGUGUUGUGUUAAUUGACAAUUGCGUUAAUUAACAUUUUUGUGCUUUGAUACCUGCUGAAGUGCUUUUAUUUGUUAUUGAGAAUUACUCUUCGUGAAAAGAAGGAGAAAACCUCUAUAUGGGAGUCAGACUUACUCACUUUUUGAUAGCCAGUACAUUUCUUUGCUCUUAGGAUUUUACAGAAGCAUAGAUUUCCAAAGUAGGGUUCAAAGACAGCCUGCUCACAGUCGUCUGUAUUUUCAUAGCUGAGGUUCCUGAGGGCUAUGGAAAAGCAAGGCUUUAUCAAAGAUUACACUGGGCAGCAGUUGUAAAAAUCCAACUGGACCAUGUGUGUACCAAAGGCUUGCAAGCCCCCAUCAGCGAAUCCCAGGGCUCCUGCUCCUGACCAUAGGUUGAGACACAUGGCAUAAUUGCAACAUUAUUCUCAAAGGAAUAUUAUCAAAUGAAGAAAUUUUAAUUCCAUUAAAAUCUCAAGGCCAGUAGAGUGAAAUGUUAAGUGAGGCACUCUUUCUGUUUGGUUGCAUUACUGUUAAUGUAUUUCAUAAAGAUUCAAAGCAUAGCUUUUGGAAGAUGUUCUCAUAAACACGCUCCCUCCCCUAACCUAAAUAAGAAAUUUAAGAUUUAUUGCACUUUUGGAAAAACUCCAGCUCCAAAGAUUUUUAUUUUAUGCAGAUUUCUGUUCCCCCACCACGGAUUAAGGACUUAGGGUACGAAUAGCUGCCAAACGGUUUUAUAGGUGUAUAUAAAUGAAGAAAGUUUAAUAUAGUUGAAACUCUGUAGGGGUAACUGUGAAGGACAUAAAAGGUAAAUCUUCCUUAAGCAAUUUUUUGCCAUGUACACUUUCUUUUAAAUUCAGAUUUAAAUGAUUCAGGAAAGGGUUGUAAAGCUAAAUUUACUUUGGUGCCAUGAAGAUCUGUAAGCUUGCAUGAAAACUACUUCUGUUUUAUUUAAAAUUGGAGCUUUCAGUCAGUACUUGGAAAGUCUGGCUUCUGCUCCCAUUGGCUUCGCUGGGAUUUGGAUCUAGCCCAAAGUACUGCAGGAAGGUAAGGGAAAUGAUCUAGGUUUAAUUGUCCAUUCUGUUCAGAGUCUUGUGUUAUGGGGUUAGGAUAACAUGGCACUGUGAUGAAUGUUCAUCUGUCAAGAGUUCAAAAUCUGCUGUCUGUGCAUGGCAGCAAUUAAAUCACCUUAAUUGUUUUUUCAUGAUUCUUUCUGAGAGAGGGAAAAUUACUUGCCUUGGAUUAGCAUAUUGCCAAAGACUGUUAUAAAUAUUUAUGGGGUGUACUCUUUCAAUAGAAAGCCUGUACAUUCUUCACAGGUCUCCAUAGUUCUUUUUCCCAAACACAGAAGAGUAGUUACUUGAAUGCACUAAUUACCAUCAUCUCCCGCUCUUGCAAAGCUUCAGUAGAUACUGGUUUAACAGCAAAAAAAAGGUAAGUAGCUUAGAAAGAAACAUCUCUUGCAAAACAUAUUUAAUUACCUCUGUAAAUUGUGGAAUUUUUUUGAAGGUGCGUAUGUUUGUGAAACAGGUUGGAGAGUUACAAAUUUUUUCCUUUUACAGUUGUAGAAAAUACAUGCUUUUGGAAGAAUUACUGGCUUCUCUGGUUUUUUUUUUUCUGCUUUCACACUAAGGCCUCAUGCACUAUUCUUAUAUUCUAAAAUAGUGAAAAAAGUAGGAAUGUAAACACUCAG